AUGAUUGAAGAAGAAGAUGUUAUUAAUACUUCAUAGUUAAACAAAAUCAUUUAAAUUUCUUAUAUGGGAGGCAAAUUGUCAAAAUUGUAGCUAUAACAAAUGAAUCUCGAAAAAAUUAUUAAUUAGUGUAUAAACUUAAUUAAGGAGGGAAUUUCAUUUAGAGAAUGUACCAACUAUUUAAAUGGAUUGGCUAUGGUUUAUUUAAAAUAAUAUUAGCUUUUAAGAUAAGAAAUUAUCAGUCUAUAGACUUCAAUGAUGAAUAAAGAAAACUUUGUUGAAGUCGAAAAAAAAGAAGCACGUUCAAAAAAUAAAUAAACUAAAUCCAAGUAAAAUUAACAAAAAGAAGCAAUUACUGAAUUAUAAGAGCAUUCUAAUAGUUCAAGAGAUAACCCUAGAAAUAUUGCAAGUGCUGAACGCUUAUAAUUAGAUUCUUAAAAAACUCCAUUUGAUAUUAAUUUGUAUUUAAGAAAGGAGGAUUCAGAUAGUUCAAAUGGAUUUGGAACUGCAAAUUUCAUUCUUAAAGAUGUUUAAUCUAUUGAAAAAUAAUCCUUAAAAGAGAUUCUAAAUAAUAGAAGGAAUUAAAAAGAAAACUCUUAAGUCUCUUCUAAAGAUACUCCAUUAUUACCACAAAUUAUUGUCAAUGAUGCAGAUAAUGAAAUAUAAGAAGAACAUUUUCAAUUUUAAAAUUCAGAUGAUGAGGAAAUAAUAGAUACAAGGGUUGAAGUUAAACAUGGAAAUAUUAUGAAAGCUUUGGAAGAAUUUGGAAUUAGUUUUGAUUAAAAUCAAUAUGCAAUGAAUCAAACCAAUUUAAAUGAUAAGAGCAAAAGAAAUACUAAGAAAUAAUAAAAUACACUUUCUAAAUAAUUAGAUCUUUAAGAUAAGGAUCGAGUUCUUCAUGAAAGUUAUCAAAGAAAUUUAGAAGAAUUUAUUAAAUAUCAAGAUAAGAUUGAUGAUCUUCAAAUGAAAAUGGAUCUUAUAAAUCUUUAACCUGAAUUCUGGUCAAAAUAAGAUGAUUUAAUUCAUAUGAUCAAUUAAUAUGAGAUACCACUUAAUCAAACUAUCAUCAACAAGUAUUAAUUAUUAUUUUAUUUAGUAAAAAUUUACCCCCUAUAUCUUCAUAUUCUAAAAUGUAAGGUUUGACAACUUUUGAUAAUUCCAACAAUUAGUUUUAGGAAAUCAAUAGUUUNGUUAAACAAAAUCAUUUAAAUUUCUUAUAUGGGAGGCAAAUUGUCAAAAUUGUAGCUAUAACAAAUGAAUCUCGAAAAAAUUAUUAAUUAGUGUAUAAACUUAAUUAAGGAGGGAAUUUCAUUUAGAGAAUGUACCAACUAUUUAAAUGGAUUGGCUAUGGUUUAUUUAAAAUAAUAUUAGCUUUUAAGAUAAGAAAUUAUCAGUCUAUAGACUUCAAUGAUGAAUAAAGAAAACUUUGUUGAAGUCGAAAAAAAAGAAGCACGUUCAAAAAAUAAAUAAACUAAAUCCAAGUAAAAUUAACAAAAAGAAGCAAUUACUGAAUUAUAAGAGCAUUCUAAUAGUUCAAGAGAUAACCCUAGAAAUAUUGCAAGUGCUGAACGCUUAUAAUUAGAUUCUUAAAAAACUCCAUUUGAUAUUAAUUUGUAUUUAAGAAAGGAGGAUUCAGAUAGUUCAAAUGGAUUUGGAACUGCAAAUUUCAUUCUUAAAGAUGUUUAAUCUAUUGAAAAAUAAUCCUUAAAAGAGAUUCUAAAUAAUAGAAGGAAUUAAAAAGAAAACUCUUAAGUCUCUUCUAAAGAUACUCCAUUAUUACCACAAAUUAUUGUCAAUGAUGCAGAUAAUGAAAUAUAAGAAGAACAUUUUCAAUUUUAAAAUUCAGAUGAUGAGGAAAUAAUAGAUACAAGGGUUGAAGUUAAACAUGGAAAUAUUAUGAAAGCUUUGGAAGAAUUUGGAAUUAGUUUUGAUUAAAAUCAAUAUGCAAUGAAUCAAACCAAUUUAAAUGAUAAGAGCAAAAGAAAUACUAAGAAAUAAUAAAAUACACUUUCUAAAUAAUUAGAUCUUUAAGAUAAGGAUCGAGUUCUUCAUGAAAGUUAUCAAAGAAAUUUAGAAGAAUUUAUUAAAUAUCAAGAUAAGAUUGAUGAUCUUCAAAUGAAAAUGGAUCUUAUAAAUCUUUAACCUGAAUUCUGGUCAAAAUAAGAUGAUUUAAUUCAUAUGAUCAAUUAAUAUGAGAUACCACUUAAUCAAACUAUCAUCAACAAGUAUUAAUUAUUAUUUUAUUUAGUAAAAAUUUACCCCCUAUAUCUUCAUAUUCUAAAAUGUAAGGUUUGACAACUUUUGAUAAUUCCAACAAUUAGUUUUAGGAAAUCAAUAGUUUUGAUUAAGGAGAAAUAUCAGAAUUUUAAGCUAUGGAUUCCUUUAAACGUUCAAAUGAAAUUGAUAUUAAAAGCAAUGAGUAUUAAUUGUAUAAGAGAUUGAUUUAAGAUUUGAGAAAUGAAUUUGCAAAAGAAAAUGUUAUUAGUUCAAUAAAUGUUAAUAUUAAUUUAAUUUUAAUUUAGUAUUUCAAUUUUAGAUAAGAAGAGAAUAAAGCAAAAAGCUUUUAUGAUUUAUUAUUGAUGAGUCGCCUUGGUUUGUGUUAAAUUAAAAAGGAACAGUAAGUUGGAAGAUAUACAAACAUGUCAAUAGAAAUAUGA